UGAGUCUCUCCCCGUAGUGUGCUUCUGCACUGCGAACGAUGUUUGCACUUGGAUGCCUGGCUCGGCCCACGGCAUUCCGACAAUCUCUUCUUCCUUUUCUCCACGCGAGGCGCGUCCUGAAAACCGGCAGAAGCAUUACGACCUUGAUGGAGCCCAGCAAAGUCAAGUACGGCUACAUCGAUCCCGACGACGUCGAGCGCGUGGACUAUUACGUUCCCGGUGGCUACCACCCGGUCUACAUCGGCGACGAAUUCCACAGCGGUCGGUACGUGGUUAUCCAUAAACUCGGAUUCGGUCGAUCAGCCACGACAUGGCUAGCAGAGGAUAAGCAGAAUAGUCGAAUGGUUGCUUUGAAGAUUUCCACUGCGGAAGCCGCAGAGCGCACUGCACACGAGUGGCAGUUUCUGACACAACUGACACAGGCCAACUCACAGCUUCCCGGGAAUGCGAUGGUACAGACCCUGCUUGAUUCUUUUCUCUUCUCGGGACCGAAUGGCAGCCAUCGGUGUUUAGUCAUGGAUCCUGCGAGGGUCAACAUUAAUGAAGCGAAAGAGGCCGCAGACCAUCGGAUCCUUCAUCUACCCGCCGCAAGAGCUAUUGCCGCACAGCUUGUACUUGGGGUUCAAUUUAUCCAUUCCCAGGGAAUUGUUCAUGGUAACCUUCACCUGGGAAAUAUUCUUCUUCGUCUCCCGCCCAGCCUCCAGCACAUGACUCCUAAUCAGCUAUAUAAACGGGCUGGGAAGCCCGAGAAGGAGCCUGUCAUUCGUUGCGACGGUGCCCCUCUCGAUCCCGGAGUUCCCUCGGAACUCAUUGUUCCCCUCUGGCUUGGCCUCGGAAGCGACGAAAUUACUCUAUCAGAUUGCCCUAUUAUCUUAGCUGAUUUUGGAGAAGCAUUCAACCCCUUUAUAACCAAAACCUUCAUAUGUCAUACUCCACACCUCCUUGCACCCCCGGAGGCCUUUUUUGCUGGUCCUGAUAUUGAGGCGGAUGAUUGUCUUUCCUUUCCCGCUGAUAUAUGGACCCUGGCAUGCACUAUCUGGGAGAUUUUUGGAUCCGCGCCCCCCUUUGAGGUAUUUGUGCCUGGACGGGAUAGCGUCACCAGGGAACAUGUUGACACGUUCGGGAAACUUCCGGAUCGAUGGUGGGGGAAGUGGGAGAACCGUGGGAACUGGUUUGAUGAGGAUGGGCGGAAAGCUGUCAAGGAGGACUUGAGGCAGUAUUAUACUAACGAUGCCAGGGACUGGGAUCAACGGUUUCCUGCGUGCAUACGGGGUGCACGACGGCGGACGAGCAAGAUGGAAGAGGUAGAUUUUGGGGUUUGGGAGCAGGACGAGGAGAGAGCGUUUGGUAGAAUGGUCAAGUCGAUGUUGGUUCUUGAGCCGAGGAAGAGGGCGACGAUCGAGGAUGUUGUGGGGUGCGAGUGGAUGCGGAAAUGGGGGUUACCUGAAUUGCGUAGGAUGGAGGAGAAGUCCGCGUACCUCCUGGAUCUGUGUGCCAUUCUGGUCACGGUGCUAGUCGUUCAGCUCGCGAAGCCCAAAUUUGUCCAUCCCGCUACGCACGGCUCUGUUUUUUCCCGAGCAGCUCGCUGUCUCUGGUAUGCUGCUCUGGGAGGGGUUAAAUCUCUCAAGGGAGUGGAGCCUGAGGAAGAAAAGAAGAGUUUGGUGGGGUCUUUGAAGUUUCGCACGUGA